CACGUGCACACGCACGUGUUUGGAUAGGUUCUUUUGGGGCUUCCGAGACGGCUAGGAUCCGGGAUUAGAGAUGUUGCGCGUACCGGAGGUGGCCCUGAGCUCCGGCGGCUCCCGGCCCAUCCCCAUGGUGGGCAUGGGCACCGCGGGGCGCCCCGUCGUGCCGGAGAACGUAACGCUCGCCGUCCUCCAAGCCAUCGAGCUUGGCUACCGCCACUUCGAUACCUCUUCCCUCUACCAAACGGAGCGGCCCCUCGGCGAGGCCAUUGCCGGAGCCUUGCGGCGGGGCCUCGUCAAGUCCCGGAGCGAGCUCUUCGUCACCUCCAAGCUAUGGUGCAGCGAUUCCCACCGUGACCUCGUCCUCCCGGCCCUCCACAGGAGCCUCCGAAAUCUCCAGUUGGAUUACCUUGAUCUCUAUCUAAUUCAUUGGCCUAUGAGCUUAAAGCCUGGGGCUUGCAGUUUUCCCAUAAAUAAGGAAGACAUUCUUCCCUUGGACUUGAUGUCUGUUUGGCAAGCCAUGGAGGAGUGCCAAAAGCUUGGCUUGGCAAAGUCAAUUGGUGUCAGCAAUUUCUCACGAAAGAAAUUAGAAGAGUUGCUCGCAUUUGCAAAAAUGCCUCCAGCUGUCAACCAGGUUGAGAUGAAUCCGCUUUGGCAGCAGAAGAAAUUGAGGGAGUUCUGCAAGGAGAAGGGCAUACAUAUAACUGCUUGCUCUCCCAUAGGAGGCCAAGAUAGACCAGGGAGCAGGAAUCUGGUGAUGGAGUCUAAAGUUCUCCAAGAGAUUGCUAAGACUAGGGGAAAGACUGUGCCUCAGGUUUCCUUGAGAUGGGUAUAUGAACAAGGGGCGAGCUUGGCAGUGAAAAGCUUUAACAAGGAAAGGCUCGCGGAGAAUAUCAGCAUUUUUGAUUGGGAAUUAAGUGAUGAAGAACAUCAGGAAAUUAGUCAAAUUUCGCAAUGUAAGAAGUAUUCAGUGCAGACUUUACUCUCCCAUGAUGGGUCUGGUAAGCUGCUUGGCCUUUCAGAUUUUGACGUCCUUGACGAGUAAUAAACCGAAUGUAUUGUAUGAUUCGAGAAAAAUUAUCGUUACGUCCGAAAAAAGAUAAAUUAUUCUAUCUAUUAAUGCUUUGUAUUUUAUAUUUUUCUCCAUGGCCGGUUAUAUAUUUUUAGCUCUUGGUUUAUACAACCCUAAAUUAUACUCCUUUGUCGUCUUUGUGCGGUUACUAUGUGGAUCAAACAAGUUCCUUGUUUUA